AGGGCAACAUAUGGGUCUUUAGGAGCAGAGGGAGGUUGUCCGUAAGCGUGUAUGCCGCGGCAAUAAAGUUAUUUUGAAAGUGACCCUCCGUGGGGACCACGAGCAGACGGGACAGCUGGAUGCCUGUGGAACCAUGACUGAAGAUGACGGAUUCUGUGGUCGUGGAGGGUCUAGUGAAAAUACGAGACGGCAAAAAGUGGAAGAGUAGAUGGGUCGUGCUCCGCAAGCCUUCGCCUGUUGCAGACUGCCUGGUGGUGCUGGUGUAUAAGGAGCGUGGGGAGCGGGCGUCGGGACAGCGCGAGCGGAGCAGCGUGACCCUGGAGCACAUCUUCGGCCUGGAGCCGGGCCUGCCCUACGAGGGCCUAGCGCUGGGCCAGUCGCUCACCAUCCUGUGCCUGAGCCAGAGCGUGGCGCUGGGCUUCGACUGCCGCGAGACCCUGCAGGCCUGGGAGCUGCGUCUGCGCUACAGCCUGGGGGAAGUGCACAGGUUUGGAGUAGGCGUCUUGCCAGGCACCAAGGUUGAGACCGGACCAGCAACGCUAUAUUUGUGCAACAACCUGCUUGUCAUAGCACGGGACCUCCCCCCAGUCAUAAUCGGCCAAUGGAAUCUGCUCGAUCUGCGCAGAUAUGGGCCAGUGACCAAUGGUUUCGUGUUUGAGGGCGGGACACGCUGCGGCUUCUGGGCUGGUGUGUUCUUCCUGUCGUGUGCAGAAGGCGAGCAGAUCAGCUUUCUGUUCGACUGCAUCGUCCGUGGCAUCUCGCCCUCCCGCGGUCCCUUCGGUCUGCGGCCCCUCCUACCAGACCCGAAUGCCUGCCCAGCGUCAGUGGAGGAGAGGCUCAACCAGGAGGCCCAGGAACUGGAGAAGAGACUCAGCAUGCUCUCUCACUGUAGUCAGCACAGUACAGCCUCCACCUCCAGUUACUCCACCUCAGUGGCGGGCGACGAUCGGAGUAUCUCCGGAUCCUCAGACACCUCGGACACCAGCCAAUCAGACAGCAGCAUCGGCAGCCGUCUAGCCGCUUGGGCCGAUCCCGCCUCUGGCGCUGGCCCGGCCGAGGCCGCCGGCCAAUCGGCCGGCACCAGGAACGCCCCGCUGCUAGCGGACGAGAGGCAGCUGCCCGUCACCCUCGUCGGCGGAACCAGGCUGCCCGGCGUCGCCGUCGGCGGUGCGUCCGCCAAGCCGGCACGCUCGCGGCGAGGGCUGCAGGAGAUCGGGCGCCAGAGCUCCUCGGACAGCGGCAUCGCCACGGGGAGCCACUCCUCCUAUUCCGGAAGCUUCUCCUCGUACACCAGCAGCCUGGACGUCGGCGUGGGUUCCGGGGGGAACAGUGGUGGCGACGACUUCGGCUCGGUCCUCAGCCUGCCACCCGCUCCGCACCCCCUCGCCACCCCCGCUGGCGCUGCCACCACACCUGCCGAACGGACCCUCUGCACAUGCCCGCCGUGCCCGGGCCACGAGUACCAGGUGCCCUCCUCACUGCGCUACCUGUACGACACGCCCAGGAGUCUCCUCCUUGGCACUGCCAAGGGCGAGGGCACGGGGGGCACAAGCAGUGCCACAGAACCCCAGGCUGGGACUUCUUCCCAGGCAGAGGCGUCUGAGGAGUCCAAGGCAGGCAAGCCUGGGAGGCUCUCGCGGGGCAACAGCAGCGAAGAGGCGCCCCCUAGUGAGGAAGUGGCAGAAGUGUGUCAGAUCUGCACCCCCAGGGCCAUCUUCACAGCGUGCCCCAUUUGUGGAGGCCUGAAGGGGGCUCCACUCCCUCCUCCUGGGGCGCCAGCAGUCCCACUGGUGCCAGCAGGUCAGAAAGCCAAUGAGCAAUCGGUAACUGAUGACCAUGGGGCCAAUCAGAGAACAGCGUUUGAAGCCACAUCAGGAUGGACCAAUCCCGUCCAAGAGAAGCUACCAUUGGCAGUACACACAGCAAUUAAUGGGAUUCGACAGAAGCAUGGAUACCUCAAUCAUUUAUCCGACCUAUUGAAUCACUAUAACAUGGGUGGAUCAUCUUGUGUUAGAACAAGCAGACAUAGUGGGUAUGAACCAAUGGCCUCUGCUCUUGUGUCAAUAUCCAAGACUUUAAACACCACGUGCACCAGUAGUGGUAAGCGUAAACCAUCUCCAAGCUGGAAAGACACUAUCAUAUAUGAGAACUGCUUCCAAUGUAACAGUGGGGAGAGUGGCUGCAUGGUCACCGGUGUUAACAGGAAGGACAGGGGAAGAGGUGGAGACGCCCUUCUGGCUGGGAGGGAGAACUGCAGCGGUAGAAGCGUGUGCCAGAAACCCCCAACACUUGACGAAGAGCACAGGGGCGAGAGAGGCCAAGCUCCUGGGAACCAACCCAAGGAAGCGCCCCCUGAUCUGGGCAUAACCCCAGUGAUGGGUCCCCAUUCGGACGAGGUCAGUCAUGGCUCGAUGGAUGCUGAGGAAGAUAAAAAGAAGCAGAGGUGCAAAGCUGACCCAUCGUACGAGGUCAUGGAGCACAGAACAACAGAGAGGAGUUCAGAGGUUGAAGAGAAGAGCAAGUAUGAGCUCAUGGGCAGUUACGGUCAGCAGAGGCUUCCUCACAUGGACAUAGAAGGGGGAGUGUUCGUGUUCCCAGCAGACAUUUCCAUGGUGGCCGAGAGACCUCGAGUAGGAGACGGAGUGACCUAUGUUAAUAUUCCUGUGAGCCCAACGUCCAAAAAACAGCUCAAUUACAUGGAGUUGGAGCUGCAGGAGACCAGUGCCUCAGUCAGAGGGAGAAGCUCCACAAAGUACGCCCAGAUCGACAUCACAGCCACGGAGACGGCGCACAAGGUGGGCACCCAGCAUGCACUGGGCCGGGAGGAGGGACUGCUGAAGCUGGAGCAGAAGCGGAGAGGCGGGCUGCCACAAUGA